AUGGCCAAGCACCGGGACUCGGGGCUCUCCAUCGGCGGUCCGGCGUCCUUCUCCUUCUCCGAUCUCCCAGCCGCCCCUAACCCUUCGACGUAUGAGCAACCGGGCAACAGGGCCCAACCGCAAACAAUGCAGCAGCUCCCUAGGCCGCAUCCCGCUCACACGCUACCCCCAAUAGCAACUUCACUACUGCCAAGAGACCGAUCCGACUCUCUCAGUACUCGACCAGGCUCUAGCGACCUUCCAGGGUCAGCAAGGCAAGCAAUCUACGCCGAUCUCGACUCCCACUUGCCACCUCUGGCGCGAAGUCGGGUUGGCCAACCUCGACUGCAAUCUAUCGGCGAACUAAAGCUGGAUCCGGAUGCAGGAUCAUGCUUACAAUGCCGAAUACUGCAUCAGUCUCCUGGCAAUGAUGGUCACAAGCUUUUGGGGUGCCAUCGCGGCCCCCUUGAGAAUGUCUCGGAUCUGCUUCUUGCAGCUCCUGCGACGCCAAGGCAGAUGCAAACGCCUUUAACCUCGCCGCUCGCUCAGCGCCGAAAUAUCAAUGACCACCUCGAAAAGACGUAUUCGAUAUCUGUUGCAACGCUUGUUGACCUCAGAGCAAAUCUCGACUUCGAUGAUGGGUUUUGGUCAGCGGAGGAGCUGGCCAGUGUGUCGUCACACAACUCCAAUCUGGCACACUACUCGAGAGAAUCGACAAGCCGACCACCGCCUAUUCUGGCCAUACUAUUUGCUAGCUGGAACACAGACAACACUGCGUACAACCUCAUGCACUUCUUGAAAGCCACCGGACAACUAUCUGCUAGCAGAGAGGCGGAGAAGACGGCAUAUCCAGCGCUUUACCGCGCGAAGCUGCUCUUGCGUGAAGCUGUGUUUUGGAAUUUGCAACAGCAAUCGCCAUCUAUACACCUGCGUGGUGGCUCCAGAAUCCCGCAUCAAAUCCCGGAGGACGUUGAUUACGAUGGCCACUAUAAGCUCCUGUAUGAUUGCUUAACGCAGUUCUUACAGGCCUUCGAAGCCGCGGCAUUACACGGAGAGAGGUUUGACUUCAAAACGUCGCUUGCCAUGUUUAUGUCUGUCUGCCUGUUCAGUGCCAUCCGAACCAUUUUUGCCGACACACUUACGGCUUUACCACGACGCCAUGCUUUGCCACAACAAGGGUUGAAACAGGACGUGUCUUUCGCGGGCCUGUCUCAAAGCGACAGCGUUUACAAACUCCUGAUUAUCAGCUGCAAGUCGAUGGGUGCUACACCUUUUGAUGACCCAACUAUUCCAGAAAUCGAAUCGUGCAGCGCCGCCUUUCGGUUACUGGAAACGAUCAUCCAGAGACACCAGUGGGCCGCUCAAGGUGUCUGGUCUUGCUGUGACUUCCUAUCCCGGCUGGGCAGUGGUGCAGUCGAAGGCAAUACGACGUACGUUGGAUUUCUCAAACCCACAACGUGGCCAUACAGUGAUCGCUUUGUUGUUCCCGCGCUGAGUGCGAGGCCCAUGGAUGAACCCCAGACGCUCUUGUCCAACUCUCGAAGCGCGGGCGAGCCUUGGAUCCCGAGCAUCCAGAUCUUGCCCGAUCGAGACUCAUUCAUGCCCCAAACUAGUGUCGAUCACCUGGUAUCGCCCAUUGGUUAUGACCACACCAGCCGGAGACAGAAUGCGAACAAGAGCCCCCCCUUCCAACGGCAGGGGUCUUCGCGGCCAUCAGACCCGCCAACGCUGCAUAGUCGGGGGAGGGUAUCUUAUCAACGGACACCUCUACGGAGGGUCUACUGCAGCAAAUGCAACGAAUAUCCCGAAGGCUUUAGGGGCGAACAUGAGUUGCGAAGGCACACCGAUGCGAAACAUGCCGCCAUGGUCAAACGAUGGGUCUGUGCAGAGCCUGACGGCUACGCAUCUCCCGUGCCGAAACCCGUUGUGCCGCUGGCGAAAUGCAAGGCAUGCAUUACGCAGAAGAGGUAUGGCGCAUACUACAACGCGGCGGCACACCUUCGUCGUGCCCACUUCAAUCCUCACAGGGGCGGUAAGGCUAGCGGCGAUUGGCCACCGAUGACGAUAUUAAAAGACUGGAUGAAAGAAAUCCGGCAGUCAGUGGAUGUACAGGAGGACCAACAAGAUGACUCCAGCGGCGACGAAGGCGAGGGCGAAAGUGAUUAUAAGCCGCACAAUGACUACGACAUUCGAAGUCGGGUUGAGUCGCCAACGCUCUCUGUCCCGCCGUUGGCUCCGGCACCGGCGCGGGGGCUGAUGCCAGCGCCUCCAUCAUCCUUGGAGGUUUUAGAGCCCAUGCAGCAGGGCAACACUUCCGCCCGGCCUUUUGAGAACAGGACGAGAUGUCCACACCCCGACUGUGGCAAGGUAUUCAAAGACUUGGCAGCACACAUGCUUACACACCAAGAGGAACGACCCGAGAAGUGUCCAAUCGACACGUGCGAGUAUCACACGAAAGGUUUUGCGCGAAAGUACGACAAGAACCGACAUGCUUUGACACACUACAAAGGAACGAUGAUCUGUCCAUUUUGUCCCGGGAUCGGUUCGGCGUAUGAAAAGGCUUUCAAUCGGGCUGAUGUCUUCAAAAGACACCUGACGUCUGUACACAACGUCGAGCAGACACCGCCCAACAGCCGAAAGUUUGUCGCCAGUGGUGCAGGCCCCAGCGCUACAGUCAAAGAGGGAGCCCGGUGCUCCAUCUGCCAUGCUGAAUUUAACACGGCCCAGGAUUUCUACGAGCAUCUCGAUGACUGUGUACUAAAUGUCAUCGUGCCGGCGACAACGCCGUCCAUGCGCACAGGCUCAUCUUUGGCUGAGAAUACCGGCACUGUUUCGGUGCACGAAGAAAGAGAUUCGGAAAUGGAGGACGAACGGAAGCCUCCCGCAACGAUGUUGAUACCAGAAGGUGUGAAUUAUGGGGGGCCGUGA